AUGGCUUCCUCCUCGCUCUCCGCGGCCUUCGCGGCCUUGCUCGUGGCCGCCAAUGCUCAGGAUGUGGUAAUCCCUGGCUCAACCUCAUACAACGGCCUGAACCUCGUCCCCCAGAUGGGCUGGAACAAUUGGAACGCAUUCCACUGCGACGUUUCCGAGGAGCUCUUGCUGGACACGGCACAGUCCAUGGUCGACUUCGGCCUGCGUGACCUGGGCUACAAGUACGUCGUUCUCGACGAUUGCUGGUCCGCUGGUCGCAACGACUCUGGAUAUCUCGUCCACAACUCGAAGAAAUUCCCCAAUGGCAUGAAAUAUGUUGCCGACAAGAUCCACGACCUCGGAAUGCUGUACGGCAUGUAUAGCUCCGCUGGUGUCUUCACCUGCGGCCGCUACCCGGGCAGCCUGGGCUAUGAGGAGAAGGACGCCGACCUGUUUGCAUCCUGGGGAGUCGACUACCUUAAGUAUGACAACUGCUACAACCAGGGCCAGUCAGGUACCCCAAAACUCAGUUUCGACCGCUACAACGUCAUGAGCAAGGCUCUGAAUGCCACCGGUCGCCCCAUGGUCUACGCCAUGUGCAACUGGGGCAAUGAUGACCCCUAUGACUGGGCCUACACCAUUGCCAACAGCUACCGCAUGAGCGGUGACAUCUACGACAGUUUCCAGCGUCCUGACGACCGCUGCCCCUGUACCGAGACUCCCUGCAAUUGGCCCGGUUACCAUUGCUCCGUCAUGAACAUCCUGAACAAGAUGGCCCCCAUCGUGUCUCGCUCGCAGCCCGGAGCAUUCAACGACAUGGACAUGCUUGAGAUCGGAAACGGCGGCCAGUCCGACUCGGAAUACGUCCUCCACUUCUCCAUGUGGGCGCUGAUGUCGUCGCCCCUGCUCAUGGGCACCAACAUCCCGACCCUGUCGCCGGCCAACCUGGCCAUCUACUCCAACCCGGCCGUCAUCGCCCUCAACCAGGACCCGUCGGCCGGCGCGGCCAACCGCGUGUGGCGCCACUAUGUCGACGACGUCGAUGAGGACGGCAUGGGCGAGAUCCAGCUGUGGGUGCGCGGCCUCAACAACGGCGACAAGGUCGUCGCCCUGCUCAACACGGGCAACAGCUCCCGCACCAUGAACGCCACCAUGCGCGACAUCUUCCUCGACGAGGCUACCGCCGGCGCCUACCUGCCGCCCGCGGAGCUUAGCACCACCUGGGACAUCUACGACCUCUGGGCUAACCGCAUGUCUGAGGACGAGGCUGCGACCAUCUUGGCGGGCAAUGCUACGGAGAUUGCGGAGGAUAGUGUUACCAGGUAUAACUCGACGAAGCUGAGCUAUGCGGAUGGCUUGAAGGCGAACCAUACCGCCCUGUUUGGAAAGAAGAUCGGCCAGCUGCUGCCUGGUGGGACUUUGGAGGCUGAGGUGGAUAGGCAUAGCUUGGGCCUGUUUAGGCUGAGGCCUGUGGGUGGGAAUCUGAAGAAGAGGGAUGAGUUGUGA